CUUCGUCGUGCCAGUCCACCGCUCCGCCUCCAUGGCCUUCUUUGUCGCGACUAGAGCUGUCGGCGACCGCGGCGCCUCCUUCAUUUCCGUCUCCGACAACGAACAGAACAACCAACGAUCGGUAGACCAGCUCGCGCCUCCCCUCAGGGCCGCCACUUGUAUUGGAGACUUCUUUGAGAUUAAGGAAUUCACCAACUCUUGCCAGGAAAUCUCCACGCAAUCGUUGAAGGUGAACCAUGUCGAAUCCGAUGGUGGCGGUGGUUGUAGCGGCGCCGUGGUCUGCAGGGGCUGUUGUUGUUUAGCGAUGGGAGGUUCAUCUGUGGCUGGCGUCUGGGUCGCCAAAAGCUCCUCCCCACCCGGCUGCUCUACUUGUCACUCGCUUUCGUCCGUGGCAUCGUCUUCUUCGACUGCUACCGGUAGAAGUACGGUGGUGAUUUCAGCUGCAUAUGUUGGAGGCGAAUAGCUCUCUUUCUCGACGACCACUGUGAUUGCAGGUGCCGCAAUGGCAGUGAUCGUCGGUGUGGAAGCAGCCGUGAUAGCCUAGCCCGUCACCAUGGCGGCCUCGGUCAGCCCCGCCGACCGCCUCCACCAAGUCUCGCCCGCGGCGGUGCUCGCCGCCAUCUCCACCAUCUCGCCCUCGGCCGCCGCCCUCUCCCACGCUUCCCAUUCGUAGCGGUUAAGAGAC